AGAGACACGACCCGAACUGGAACAAUGCCCGCUGGGCGAUUGUUAAAGACUCCAUUGCUGAGGACCCACUAAGCCGACAAGACGAAGGGUUCCAGCAAAUCGUGUCAAAUUUUGUAAUCCCAAGACGUGGCCGUCUCAUGCCCCAGGAUGUAAAGAAAGCAAACUAUAGAGGAAGUCUGAUUGUAGAUCUGGGAUCUACUUUUACCUUUCCAUUCUACCGGUCUUACGCUAGCCUGUACGAAUUUAAUGCUAUCUGCAAAGGUUUAGACGAAUAUGGAUUACCUGAUUGGGACCAGUGAGACCUAUCAGAAAUGUG